AUGGAUGGGGGAGCUCGGUUAGACGGGAUGGAUGGGGGAGCUCGUUUAGACGGGAUGGAUGGGGGAGCUCGGUUAGACGGGAUGGAUGGGGGAGCUCGGUUAGACGGGAUGGAUGGGGGAGCUCGGUUAGACGGGAUGGAUGGGGGAGCUCGGUUAGACGGGAUGGAUGGGGGAGCUCGGUUAGACGGGAUGGAUGGGGGAGCUCGGUUAGACGGGAUGGAUGGGGGAGCUCGGACCCUCCUGAGCGCCCAAAGACAGAGACAAGCAGUCACCUUGGGGGGGCGGACUGGGGAUCAGAAAAUGGAGAAGGAGCAGGCCAUUCAAGUCCGAAUCCAAAAGAUACACCCGUCCAUAGAGGGAAUCACAGUGUCACCGUGGCAUGCGGGGGGACCAAGACUGAGGCAAGAGGAACCCAGCCAGGCCAGAGGGGAGGGGACCCAGCCAGGCCAGAGGGGCCAGAGGGGAGGGGACCCAGCCAGGCCAGAGGGGCCAGAGGGGAGGGGACCCAGCCAGGCCAGAGGGGCCAGAGGGGAGGGGACCCAGCCAGGCCAGAGGGGCCAGAGGGGAGGGGACCCAGCCAGGCCACAGGGGCCAGAGGGGAGGGGACCCAGCCAGGCCAGAGGGGCCAGAGGGGAGGGGACCCAGCCAGGCCAGAGGGGCCAGAGGGGAGGGGACCCAGCCAGGCCAGAGGGGCCAGAGGGGAGGGGACCCAGCCAGGCCAGAGGGGAGGGGGACCCAGCCAGGCCAGAGGGGCCAGAGGGGAGGGGACCCAGCCAGGCCAGAGGGGCCAGAGGGGAGGGGACCCAGCCAGGCCAGAGGGGCCAGAGGGGAGGGGACCCAGCCAGGCCAGAGGGGCCAGAGGGGAGGGGACCCAGCCAGGCCAGAGGGGCCAGAGGGGAGGGGACCCAGCCAGGCCAGAGGGGAGGGGACCCAGCCAGGCCAGAGGGGAGGGGACCCAGCCUAGGCCAGAGGGGCCAGAGGGGAGGGGACCCAGCCAGGCCAGAGGGGCCAGAGGGAAGGGGACCCAGCCAGGCCAGAGGGGAGGGGACCCAGCCAGGCCAGAGGGGCCAGAGGGAGGGGACCCAGCCAGGCCAGAGGGGCCAGAGGGGAGGGGACCCAGCCAGGCCAGAGGGGCCAGAGGGGAGGGGACCCAGCCAGGCCAGAGGGGAGGGGACCCAGCCAGGCCAGAGGGGCCAGAGGGGAGGGGACCCAGCCAGGCCAGAGGGGAGGGGACCCAGCCAGGCCAGAGGGGCCAGAGGGGAGGGGACCCAGCCAGGCCAGAGGGGAGGGACCCAGCCAGGCCAGAGGGAGGGGACCCAGCCAGGCCAGAGGGGCCAGAGGGGAGGGGACCCAGCCAGGCCAGAGGGGAGGGGACCCAGCCUAGGCCAGAGGGGAGGGGACCCAGCCAGGCCAGAGGGGAGGGGACCCAGCCAGGCCAGAGGGGAGGGGACCCAGCCAGGCCAGAGGGGAGGGGACCCAGCCAGGCCAGAGGGGCCAGAGGGGAGGGGACCCAGCCAGGCCAGAGGGGCCAGAGGGGAGGGGACCCAGCCAGGCCAGAGGGGCCAGAGGGGAGGGGACCCAGCCAGGCCAGAGGGGCCAGAGGGGAGGGGACCCAGCCAGGCCAGAGGGGCCAGAGGGGAGGGGACCCAGCCAGGCCAGAGGGGCCAGAGGGGAGGGGACCCAGCCAGGCCAGAGGGGCCAGAGGGGAGGGGACCCAGCCAGGCCAGAGGGGCCAGAGGGGAGGGGACCCAGCCAGGCCAGAGGGGGGGGACCCAGCCAGGCCAGAGGGGCCAGAGGGGAGGGGACCCAGCCAGGCCAGAGGGGAGGGGACCCAGCCAGGCCAGAGGGGCCAGAGGGGAGGGGACCCAGCCAGGCCAGAGGGGAGGGGACCCAGCCAGGCCAGAGGGGCCAGAGGGGAGGGGACCCAGCCAGGCCAGAGGGGCCAGAGGGGAGGGGACCCAGCCAGGCCAGAGGGGAGGGGACCCAGCCAGGCCAGAGGGGAGGGGACCCAGCCAGGCCAGAGGGGCCAGAGGGGAGGGGACCCAGCCAGGCCAGAGGGGCCAGAGGGGAGGGGACCCAGCCAGGCCAGAGGGGAGGGGACCCAGCCUAGCCUGUCUCCGUACAGAGCCGGUGUAA